AUGAGCGGACAUGGUGGACGUUACGGUGGACGUGGAGGAUGCCGAGGCGGUGGACGUGGCAACAUCGCCAUGACUCAAGCAGAGUUGACUGACCUGAUUAACACACGCGUGGCUGAGGCUUUAGCAGCUCAGCAAGCUGGUCAACCUGUGAACCAAAACCAGAACAAUCCACCCGUGUGUACAUUCAAAACGUUCAUGGAUUGCAAGCCUCAAACUUUCAGCGGAGCCGAGGGUCUGGUGGGACUGCUCCGUUGGUUCGAGAAAGCCGAGUCCGUCUUUGCUAUGUGUAACUGUCCAGCUGGGGACAGGGUGAAGUUUGCUUCUGGCACCUUGGAGGAUGGUGCUUUGACUUGGUGGAAUGCUCAGGUGCAGAUGCUGGGCAUUGAAAUGGCAAACGCGACUACUUGGGAUGAUUUCAAAGAGGUGAUUCGGGAAGAGUACUGCCCUCGGGAUGAAAUUCAAAAGUUGGAAAACGAGUACUAUAACUUGAAGAUGGAGGGAUCUGAGAUCGAGGCUUAUAUGAAACGGUCUCAUGAGCUGGCAAACAUGUGUCCUAACCUAUCUCGACCACCACCCUGUAGGAUCGAACUUUACAUUAAGGGAUUGGCACCACAAGUUAAGGGAUUAGUCACUGCAGCAAAUCUCGACAACCUACCACUGAUCAUCAGACUGGCCCAUAAGAUCACUGAUCAGGAGGUGGAGCGUGGCUCGCUGCCACCACGUGUUGCUACUACUACUGCUGCUACUGCUACCCCCACCACUGACAACAAGCGUAAAUGGAAUGACGCAGACAAGGGGACUAACUCGAAUCAGUCACAAAAGAAGCCUGACAACAACAACACCUGCAGUUUCAGCCUGUCAUCCUCUAUCAACCAGAAUCAGAACAACAGUCAAACUUCAGGCUCAUACGCGGGGAAACAGCCGAAGUGCAACAAGUGCAGUUUUCACCACUACGGUUCGUGUAGCCGAGCAUGUCAAAGGUGUGACAAGGUGGGUCACAUGGCGAAAGAUUGUAGAGCUCCAUACCCCAAGCAACAACAGCAACAGCCCCAACAACAACAACAAAGGCAGCAACGACAGCAGAAUCGGGGUAAUCAGAGGGGAUGUUAUCAGUGUGGUAGUGAAGGGCAUUUCAAGAAGGAUUGCCCACAACUGAAUCAGAACGCUAACAACAAUAACAAUGGGGGCAAUCGCCAGAACAACAACAACAACAACGCGGGAAACAACAAUGGGAAUAACGGUGCUCGCGGGAGAGCGUUUACGAUUAGAGCAGGUGAUGCAAGGAACGAUGGCAAUGUCGUAACCGGUAUGUUCUCUAUUAAUGGUAUUUUCGCUACUGUAUUAUUCGACUCUAGUGCCGACUGGAGUUAUGUGUCUUUGGGGUUCAGUCGUCAGUUAGGGUUAACUCCAACACCUCUCGAAAUCAAACACGUAGUGGAACUAGCUGAUGGUAAGUCGGUAGAAGCCUCACAUGUACUUUUAGGCUGUAAACUCGAUCUUCUGGGUCAAGUGUUCGACAUCGACCUUCUCCCCAUCACUCUUUGCAGCUUUGAUAUAGUUGUUGGUAUGGAUUGGAUGUCAAAACACCGAGCUGAUAUACUUUGCAAGGAGAAAAUCGUGUGUAUACAGAAUCGUUGUCUGUCCAGGGUCAUCGAAGUGGGGCAACCGUCAGUCUCAUUUCCUCCAUGA